AUGACUUCAUCAGAGUAUUCAUCUUCUGACGAAGACACAAAACCAAAGGUUUCGGAUGACUCAGAUGCUUCUUCUAAGAAGCACAAAAAACGUCCCACACGUAAUACAAGCAGUAAAGCGAUUAUUGAAAGUGCUGGUUCCUCUGAUUCGGAUGAUUCUGACUCCGACGGUGGAUCAGAUAGUGACGAUGGACGCGCAGCUGCUAGCCGUAAGAGGAAGGGAUCUGUUUCGAUGAGCAAAAAGAGCGGCGCAUCGAGUAGUGCUAAGAGAAAAAGAAACAUGAGUGAAGAAAGUGAUCGAGGCGAGAUGGACGACGAUCUGUUCGCGGAUGAAGAGGAUAGACGCCAAGUGAUGUCGAUGAAUGAGAAGGAUCGAGAGCAGGAAAUAUUUAAUCGUAUGGAGCAGCAAGAGAUGAGACGGACUAGAAAGCAAAUUGAGGAGAAAUUAGCUGCAGCGAAGAAUGCUUCAUCUUCUGGAGGUGAUAAGAAAGAAAAGAAGGAGAAACGUAAGCGUGAAGAAAAGAAACGAAUCAAUGAUGCCGAUAGUGAUGACGAUAAAGGGAAAUCUCAACCGUCGCGGUCUAAAGAGCAAUCAGGAUCGAAAUCAAAGGGCGCUGCUGUGUCGGAGUCGGAAUCAGAAGCAGAUAUGAAAUUUCACCGUCCGUCUGAAAUACAUAAAAAAGCCACGCAAAAGAAUGCAAUGGCUGAUUUGCUUGCUAAACGAAAAGAUAAAGAAAAUAAAGCCGGUGAGCCUUUGUUGUCAUCGCUUAUGCGUUCUUCAUGGAAUAUUGCCAUUGUAGCGAAAAAGGCUGCCCUUUCUAUCGACGCCGUGUUUGGAAAGGACGACAGCGAUGGGUCUUCAUCCUCCUCAUCAUCUUCUUCGUCAACCGCGUCAUCUCGAUCAUCUUCUCGAGAAUCAUCGCCGAGAAGAGACGCUGAAAGCGAAGAUGAAGAAGAGAAAAAAGCGGCUAAGAGAGAGGUUGAAACUGUCCAGGAAUUGUCAAGAGCUCGCAUGUCACGUUACAAAAUGGCAAAAAUUGUGUACGCUCCUUUUUUCGCAAAAACAGUGAUAGGAUGUUUCGUACGAAUUGGACUAGGCGGAUAUGGUGGUAUCUUCCACAGUAUAAGUCAAUGCUAUUUGUUUCGACUCUCCCAAGUUGUGGACGUGGUAGAAACAAAUAAGGUUUACACCUUUGAGAAUCUCAAGACGAACAAAGGACUGAAGCUGAAAUAUGGCACCGAUGAACGAGUUUUCCGAAUUGAGUUUGUUUCCAACGCUCAGUUUGGGGAGGAAGAGUUCUCGGAAUGGAGAACGGUCACGAAGGAGGAGUGUGGAUCGCUGCCAACAAUGGACCACAUUGAGAAGAAGGAACUCGAUAUCAAGAAGGCGAUGAAUUUCAACUACACCGAUGAAGUGAUUGAAUAUAUUGUGAAAGAGAAGAAGAAGUUUUCUGACAAAGUGAAGAACUUCGCGGUCACAAAGGGCGAACUUAUGAAAAAGAAGGUGUGUUUGAAUUCGUCAUAG